UGGACGAGUGAUGGCGAGUUGCGGCAAAGCUAACUUACUGCUAACUUCCAAGUUUAAACAGUACAGAGGACUCUGCGCUGAGUUCGAGAGUACCAGUAGGAAGAUGACAGCUGAUGAUAUGCAGGGUUUCUGGGAGCUCAUCCUUCUACAGGUUGAAGACGUCAACAAGAUGUUUACUGCGCUGAGAAGUCUCAAGGAAAACAACUGGGUCAUCCCCAAAUCACCGAUGCCUAAAAAGAAAGGAGCCAGCACACCACGAACACCAGCAGCCAAUAAGAAGAAGCCCCGGGAAAAGUCAGCUGCCCAAAAAGCGAGGGAUGAAGAACGUAGGAAGAUGUUACUCGCGAAGAAACUUGAGAUGAAGAAGAAGAUGCAAGAGAAUGGGAACGUGCCUGAGGUUAUCAUUACCUAAGGAAGUGUGUGGUCGACCUAGCCUGGAUCAGGGUAAACGGGCUGGGGUGACAGAGACACAGGUCAGAUGUUAGAAGCUGGGUUUAGGAUAGCGAGAUCACGUGAUAGUAGAUGGGAUCACGUGAUAGUAGAUGGGAUCACGUGAUAGUAGAUGGGAUCACGUGAUAGUAGAUGGGAUCACGUGAUAGUAGAUGGGAUCACGUGAUAGUAGAUGGGAUCACGUGGUCGCUAUUAAGAGACGGUCUGGUUGGUGUGAUGACCCGUUAAUAGGAAUAAUAGGAUCUGGAUAUUUGUGUAAUUGUUGUUUCCUUGUCCGCUGAUGAUUGUGUUCCACGACCUGGACAAGCCAAAAGGUGAAAGGUUCCCGCAAGUUAAACUGCUCCACGAAUAUGUCUUCCUUAGACAAGCAGAUCCUAUUACGAGUUUCUGAAUGAUAAUUAAUUGAGUUCUAGUCUAAAGUGUUGAAUUGAGAGUACCAAUACAAGUUGAUCGAUUUUCUGGUCACAUUUUUUUGAUUGAAAACUGAUAAUUUGUAGUGUAAUUAGCACUCCGUGCAACAAUUGUUUGAUUUGAAGGUAAGAAUUUAAGUUGAUGAGUGGUUUAGGCCAGUUAAAGAUGAGAUUGGAUUAUGCGUAUAUCUGUAAAUAUGCUAUUUGAUUACUAAAAUUCUAAACGUUUUUCCUUUUAUUUUGAAAAAGCGAGUGAUUUUGUGGUCAUUUAUUGUUGUAGUUAAAUUUUAUAAAAAUCAAGAAAAAAUAAUUGCUCAGUGUAGUUUUAUUGUAGAAGUGUUAUUCUUGCACAGUGCGGUAGUUUUCAAAAGGAUUGCAUUAUGGUGAACAAUUAUUGACAAGCAACGCAGCCUAAGGUCAUCAUUAUAGCAUAGUUGAGAUGAGGGAUCGUUCACAUAUUACUUGAGGUCCCCUACGGAAUUUCCUCCAGAAUCAUUGGUUCAUUUUAACCUGACGUGAAAUUGGAAGAUAACUCCCUGCUCCUGUCAGCAAUCAUUCAUUUCUAGUAACGCUCUCCCCCUAAAUAUGUCACAUAAAUGUGAACGACCCCUUUACCCUUAAAGUCAUGUAGAAAUCUGCCUCAUUGUUAAUGUAGAUGGUGUAGUUCAGCUCAUUUUCAAAAACAGAGCUUUUAAUAAAAAUGAGUAUUUACUAUUUUCCAUUUGGGCAAUUUUAGAAGUAAAUAGAUACAUUUACAAAGAGGCAUGUUAUUAGAAGGAGAAUUUAAAGGUCGUUACCAUGUUCAGGGUUUUUACGUUUAGUAGGGUAUGUGAUGUUUAUUGUAUUUUUAAGUGCAAUAUUAUAUUUACUGCAUAAUGUGGGAUGACCAUAUUUUGAAAACUAAGUUUUUUUUGUUGAAGAGAAUAUUCAAGUCAAUUUUUAAAAUGAGUUCUCAAUUUGGUUAUUUGUACGUUUUGAUUGGUUUACCGCUUUCGUAUGAAAAACAUCCACGUUUAUUACACUAAGUCGAUAACUUUUAAUUUUGUUUAACUAUUUGUUUGCAUGUCAAUGUGUAAAUCUACUACAAUAAACUAUCUUGUCUUUUUUUGUUGUUGAAAGAUCGCCUAGAAAAUUUGAGAACGAAUGACUAUGCUAUGAUUAUCACUACAUUCGAAUGCUUACUUUGUUUGAA